AUGUCCAAACCCUACACACCCAGCAAUCGUGCUAAAAAGAAACCUCAAAACCAUUCUCCUGAUAAUGAGACUGAAUCCCUGGUAAACUCACUUCCGGAAUCGCUUCGGUUUCUUAAACCUGGGGCAAGUCGAUUGUCACACAAAAGCAAGGAGGUUAAAGCACAAGAAAAUCAAGGGCAAGAUGAAGAUGAAGAUUUGUUUGAGAACGAAGUUGACGAUGGCAAUAAUAAUCAAUUACCAAACAAAGAUCAGCAAGUAGAUGACGAUGAAGACGAAGAAUUACAGAAAGAGUUCGAUGACGAAGACAAAGAGAAUCAGCAAGAAGAUGACAACAACGACACCCAUCGAGAAGGACACGAUGAUGACGAGACCAGUUCUACCAACCCACCAGACCCCCAUUCAACGUCACCUUCCCAACAUCAAGGGGGAUCUACGAACCGGGUCCAGGAACUGUUCCGCACAGCAGACCCUUCUGUUCCUUCUGUUAGGCGACUGAUGGCUCCAAACGAUAGGGAAAAAUUUGAAAAAGUUGCCGACAUAUUCGGUCUUGACUCUCGCUACCGAGCAGAGGCCCUUCGACUCGGUUCAAUCACUGGUGACGAUAAUCGCUAUUGGACACUUCUGUGCCUCCAGCAGCUUCAACGUCAAGAAUUGGCAAAGGAGGCGGCAAAUAGUUGUGCUGAAUGGAUACCGAAGCCAAACUUUGCGGAACAACUCAAGAAAUUGAUGCGCCGUACUCUACGUGAUUCUUUCAUUAAAUCAUACACUGAAACUUUGGACCAAAACAAAGUUAUCAUUUCAGGUUCCUUUCAUCGGAAGGCAAUGCAAGCCAUCAUGGACAACACCAAGGCCUGGAAGGCUGAAUAUUUACCCUCUGACUUUGGCACUACUUUAGAAGAUUUAUCGAACCAUGACAAGUUCAUGGAAUUGUUCCGAUCGAAGCUCCGACAUGCUCGAGAUGAUUUCCCAUUGAUUUUAUUGAAGGAAAUCGUGGUGCCACAACGCAAGAUCGACUUGAAGGAACCUCAGACAGAAGUGCCAGCCCUUGGUGCUCUCCUUGGACACUUGUAUCAUUUUUUUGAUCCAAACGAAUCUCGUACCAUGACCGAGCUCCUAAAAGCAGUCAACACAAAAACUCAAGCUCGGUUUGCUUACCUUAGAAUGGCACUUGCUGUAUUUCAUAAUACCAGCGCGGAGAAGCGUAAGGCACAAGGUGGAUUGACUAAUUGGCGAAUGAUUGAUCACAAUUUGUCUGAAUUUCGCGACAAAAGUCGUGACUAUCGCCGAGCAUUCAAUGCAAUUGUCCUUGCUCGAGAUCAAGGUCUAUUCAAUGGAAAGAACACGUGGGAUGAGAUUAAAUCCAAUGCACAAUUUGAGGUCCCUAGCGUAACCGAUGUUGUCACCACCAUCCCUUUCCUCCCCACAAAUGCCAGUUGA